AGUUCACAACAUACACGUGAAUUUGUAAACGCAACUCUCGGCAAUAUGGAGGCACGGCAGUUUGACUGUAGUAUCAGCGCGAGCUACGGGCGAGCUACAUGCAGCAUACAUACAUGCGCUAUAGGUGUAUGGAAAAAAAAUCCCAUAGAGAUAGUACACGGACCAUUUCUAUGAGUGCACAUGGUGAAUAUCGUGAUGCAUGCAGACAGGGAAAUUCGAUAUUUUAUGGUUUCCUAAAUUUGUAACUCUUGGACUAACACAAUCAGAAGAGGCACAUCUGGGAGGGCUUAAUAGACAGCAACAUGACAGAAGAAAGUCCCAGAAAAAGGGCAAGGCUGUGUGAGGAUGAGGUGGAUAGUCUUUGUAAACCUGAUCUGCAGGAACACAUCAAAAAACAGGAUGAAUAUAUAGCAGAGCUGGAGGCAAGACUACAGAUGAGCGCUGCCAGUACUAGUAACAAUGGUGAUGGAGAGGAAAAGCUUCGUCAUCUCAAGGCCGCUCGUCGUGAACAGCUUCUUGUCAUGAGAUUGACCACCAAGGAACAGGAACUACACGAACUAGCUAAUCAGCUUGCAGAUAAGAAUCAAAACGCGAGCACAGCACAGCUUCGAGCUGCCACAGUGGAUCCUGCUCUGAAUCUCUUGAUUCAACGUCUGAAGAAAGAACUGGAGGAUAAGACCACCAACCUUCAGCAAGCUCAUGAGGAUAUGGCUGCAUGGAAAUUCACUCCUGACAGUCAAACUGGGAAGCGUUUGAUGGCUCGUUGUCGUACACUGAUCCAGGAAAACCAAGAGCUUGGUAAACAAGUAUCUCAGGGAAAGGUAGCCCAAGUGGAAGCAGAACUAGCACUGCAGAAAGAAAUCAAUGAAGAACUCAAGAACAGCCAGGAUGAGAUGUACGAGAUGGUGAUCCAACUGAACGACGAAGGGGAGGGCAUGCAGAGUACCAUCGUAGCACUUCAGCAAGAACUCAAAGAGAAAAAGCUGGAAAUUGCCAGAUUGACUUAUGCUGCAGAGUCUGCCGGGAUACUCCUGACCCCUGACUCGGUAGCCGACAUGAAACAUGAACCUCAGCUUGAAGACAAUGAGGAGCAAAACAUGCAGCCGGUUAGUCCAACAAAUAUGCAAGAAAGCACAGAGGGUAAGCAUGUAGAACCUUGUAAAGAGCUUGUAGACCAUGAAGAAGAAGAAAAGAAGGAGGUGGAGGAGGUGAUGAUGAUGGAGGAGAAGGAAGAGGAGUCAUUUGAUAAGCAGAUACCUGAUGUGAGAACUACAGAAUACAUAGAUGAAGAGACACCAAUGGAGGUGAUGUCCCCGCAUGAUCAAGGUCCGGUGGAAAAUAAGAGUUUGUCUGUGGAGCCUUGGUGCAACCCAUCCCACUUCGUCGAGUCUCCUGCUAGCCCGGUUGAGGAGGACCGCCGUAGUGCAGCUGAGGAACCGGUCAUGGGUGAUGCAGAGUUCAGGACAGAGGCGCCGUCCCAGGAGACGCGCGAACCACCCAACCCUGCGGCGGAAGGCGGGGAUAUCCCUAAAUUCCAUGGAGGGGAUUCCCCUGAAGCUCCAGACUCCAAUGGUCAGUUGUUGAUCGGAGAUAGCCCUUCAGAACAGGAGCAGGUGGAAAGUACAGACUUCAGAGACCUUGUGAAGGAGGAAGAAGCGCAAGUCAGGACUCCAGUGGAGGAAUCUUCUCAGGGAAGCUUACAGAGCGAGGAUGCUCCUGAGAUUGAUGCUGUCAGUUCAAGGACGGGUGGCGGGUCAGGAACCCUGACCCCUGAAUUCAGUACGAAUGGCGAUGACAGCCAUUCUGAACCCCUUCUUUUCAUACCCCAAAAUAACGGGAAACAAUCCGAUUAUGGGAGGUUGGGGGAGAGUGAGAAUUGUGAUUAUGACGAUGAUAAAGAAUCAAACACCUUGGGUAGAGAUCAUAGUACUUUCGGGGCUGCUAUUGAGGGAGAGGUCAGCAGCAGUCUCGACGAUGUAUCCGACAAACAAUCCGAAAUUACCGACAAACAAUCUGAUAUUUCUGAUAAACAAUCCGAUGUCACUGAUAAACAGUCGGACAUCACCGAUAAGCAGUCUGACGAAACGACUAUUGAUAAUAAUAACGGGCUGUCUAACCCGGGGGACGGAAUAGAUAGUAACUUGUCUAGUCCUCAAGAAGAACAAAAUUGUGUGUCCGAAGGGGAAUUUGUAAGGACAACAGACAAUGUGAUAAACAAAUCCAUCAAUUCAGUUUCAUACAGUAACAGUCCAGAUGAAAGGACUGAUUUAGAACAGUGCGAAGAGAUCCCUUCCGCUACAAACUCUAAUCCCGAAGAGAUUUCUGUCUGAGUCAACAAUCGCACUAGUAAAUCAAGCUUAACUUCACAAACUUCAGACAGUGUAUCAUAAAAAUCUAUGUUCCCUGUUCAGCCUCAUGUUUUUUAUGUUUAAUGAAAGUAAUUGUAACUUGUGAUAUCUUUGGUGCACUUACAGUAUCUUCUUUUUCUAUCCUUGUCAAGAAAAAAAUAAAGUCAUGUUUUCAGAGAUGCCAACCCAUGAUCCUGUAAUAAUAAUAAUAGUAGUCAGUUCUUGUAUAGCGCAUAAUACAUUAUGAAUUACGUCUCUAUGCGCUUCCAAAGGACUUGGAUAUUAUUACCCCGGCUUUAGCUGGGCUAACUAGGCGCUCAAGCAUUCAAGGAAUUUCUUCCUACUGGGCACCCAUUCACCUCACCUGGGUCGAGUCCAGCACAAUGUGGAUAAAUUUCUUGCUGAAGGAAAUUACGCCAUGGCUGGGAUUCGAACCUACGACCCUCUGUUUCAAAGUCAGAAGACUAAUCCACUGGGCCACUACGCUCCACACAUUGAAAUGUAUUGAAAUGUAAGCUGACAGAUAUUUAUUUUGUAAUUCUGCAUUUUUGUCAUUGCUAAUGAUGAAUGUAAAAUUGCAUGGUAAAAUAAGAUUUGUUUCACCUUUAGUUUGCAUUUACCUUUUUUUUUCAAGGGUAAGUGCUUAACAUUUGUGACAAAGUGAACACAUUUUGUGUUGUGUUUGAAUAGCGUUAGAUAGAUAGCCCUAAAAUCUUUAUACAUGAGAAGAGUGAAAAGUCCUGAUAUAUAUUAUGCCUAUUUUUGUUGCAUCGGUGUCCUUGAUCCUUUGCUAAAUGAUGUUUACAGGGAAAAAAUAAAUCAUUAAAAAUAUUUCGCCAAAGGAAUGGAACCAUUGAAAUCAUUCUUCUUGCUGUAAAAUUUCCAACUUGAAAACAUAUUUUUUAUUGAUAUCCAUUUAUUUCAGACUUAAACUUAAAAAAAGAGGAUAAAAUGCAGUAUUAGGAAAUAUUAAGUAUAUUAUCAUUUUGAAAAAUACAAAUCGGAGAAUAAAAAUAGAAGAAUUGGUCAAAUAGGCUUCAAAUAACUUUUUGUCACAAAUAGGUAAAAAAAAAAAAACGUGUCCAUAGAUGUAUCAAUCCAUAAUCAUUGUGCAUUAUGCAGCACCACUAGAUCCAUUCCGCAAUUCAUGUUCAAAUGAACAAUUAUUUUUCCAUUGUGACACAGAUUCAUUAUAUAUUUUGUAGAAAGUGUUAUGAAAACAAAGGAAAGAAUAGUAUCAUCAUUAUUUGGCUGAGAAAAUGGCAAUUUAAAAAAGAAUUUAAUUUUCAUCAUUAAAGAUGAUAUCCCCAUUUUUUUAUUAAAAAGUUUUGUCUUUUUUUUUAUUUGAAGAUCAUAAAUGUCUCUAUUCCUUGGUAUGUCUCAGGGUGAGGAGAAUAUGUCAGGUUUAAUUUUGAUAUUCUAUGCACAAUGCACUCUUCAAGUUAUGUAUAAGGUAUGGUUGUAUUCUAGGUAUUUCAAAACCAAUUCAAUUCCAGAAAUGCUUGGAGAUGUUCGUUUUGAAUUUAAAUUCAAACACAUCGUUUAUUUUGAUAUUUUCAAUAGUUCUCUCCCCUUUGAUCUUUUGUCUGAUGGCCCUGUUACACAAAGGUUUGUCAUCAAUCAGUAGGUUACCAAUGCAGGGACCAAUGGCCAAUCAAGAUCACUGUUCAAAACAAUGUACCUUAUCAGAAAUGUUACUGAUGGAUUUGCAAUCAGUUGCAAACCUUUGUGUGACCGGGCCCUAGAACAUUAUGGCACCACUGGAAUAAAGAGACACACCCAGUACUGAGAUGGAUGUACUAGUGCAACUGGGACCAAGGGAGGGAUCUUCCUCCUGGGGCACUCUUAUUAUUUUUUUCAUUAUUUGCUAGUUUUAUUUCUUGGAUUUGUGUUUUAUUUGUUGAUUGAUUUUUAUCAUUUAUUAAUUGGGGGGGGGGGGGGAAGUAGUCCUAUUAUUUUGUUUCUUGCCAUUUUGUAACCUAUUCAAGAAUUGCCGGUUAGUCAUUUCUUCACAGGAUUACUCUUCAAGUUGUUGCAGAGUGAGUUCUCGAUACCCAAAGUUGAUGGCCAUCUUGGAUCUCUCCAUAACACCUCAGAGACCAGGGACCCAUUGCAUAACAAUUUUGCCUUAGAAAACUCUGGCAAAAAAAAAUCCUGAGUUUUUCUUUCAUGCAACAGGGCCCAGGUGGGUGUUUCAUAAAGCUGUUCAAAUGUUGAGAGGGAUUUUGCAAAUGACUAAUGACUUUUAUUGUGGUAAAUGAUAUACACCAGAUUUCUAUUGUGCUGAAUUAGUUGCUAAGACGGGGUCACCAGUCAUUUGUAAAGUCGUUUGUAACUUACAAACAGCUUUAUGAAACAGCCGGCAUGUUUCAUAAUGGACUUACAACAAUAUUUAAUUUGUCAUUAUGAAAAAUAAAAAAUAUCAUGGUCAUGACUCAGCAGCCAAUAAAUAUCAAAUUUUCCUUGGUAUUGACCAUAAUCGUAACUCUUUAUGAAAUAGGCCUUGGGCCUUUGGAGCAAAAAUACCCAAUUCACUAAUGAAAUUGUUGGUGGGGAAAGUCAUUUGCAUAUUUGGAUAAUUCAUUUUUUAUGCCAUUUGUCUAUGAAUUACAAGAAGUAACUGAAGUUAUGCUUAAUGAAAAUGAUAGUGAUAAUAUGAAUGAUAAUGAUUUAUUUAUGAUAAUGAUAGCAGUAAUUAUAAUACUAAAUAGAAUUAAUGAUAAUAAUCCUAAUGAUAAUGAUCAUUUAUUUCUUUUGCACACUUUUGUAUGUACAUCUUUAAGAUUAAUUAAGAGAACAAAUGCAUAUUUUAAUAGAUAUUUUUAAAGAUAUUAACUUAGGUUGUCUCAAAGAAAUCAAAGGAUUGCUUUAAAAUAUGUUUGUACAUUACUGGGGGAAGGUUGGCAUCUCUGAAAAUUCUUGUCCUAUUUCCGUUCUGUUAUGUCACGUAUUUCAGCUUACAUUACUCUCCAAAAUGCAUAUGUCAUCUACGUUUCCUGUUCAAAUAAGGUAGGGUCCAUGGAUGGAGGAACAUUUGAGAGUCCCUUAUGGAUUGUCUAGCAAUGGUACUGGAAAAGAUCUGGGUCCCAUAACAUAAGGGUUGAUUGUACAUUGUAGUCAAUGCAAUCAAUCGUAGAAAAAUGUUCUACGAUCAUUGCUAAGCUUUGUGUUACAGGCCCCUGGGUUUCAUAAUACAAGACUCGGCCAUUGAUCGCAGAACAGAUUUCACCAAUUGAUUGCAUUGAACACAAUAUAAAAUCAAAUGGAAAAAUUAAUCAUACAUUCAGAUGUUCUUGCUUAGUGUUAUGUUUGUGGUAGCGAGUGGUGAUCAAUCACCCCUUGUGAUAAAGGAGCAUUCAGACGUGAUCUAUCACAACUGGUGAUUGAUAACGAUAUCCAUUGCAACUAGCGAUAAUGUCCAAGGGGGGGAUGCCUUGAAUAAAGCCCAGCGCACACAAUGCGAUGCAAUUGCACUAACAUACGGUUCGAAUAAUUUGCCAAUCGUGUCUUGGUGCAAUCGUAUUGCAGGCCAGCCUGCACAUUGCAAGAGCUCUGCAACGCGCUGCAUCUACAUGGCGCCUAUGCACUGAUACAGGGCCGAUUUGAUGCAUGGUUUUUUGCCAUCUCUGAGUUGCCAUUUUGUCCCAGAUUUCAGGGUUACAACAUGCCCCUUUCUCAUUCUUUGUCUUAAAUGUCCAGUUAAGUCGUGUAGAGAAAACAGCACAACAACGUAAUCACGCGACUGGGUUAGACUCUGCAUGGCAAGGCCAAAAUGACCUUGAUUUUGGCCGAUAGUGCAGGAAUUGGUCAUGACGUCUUCAUGUAGGACAAAUCUGAUUGGCUGAAAUGAUCAAGAUCUCAGAAGAAUCGCAGGAAGAUUUGACAUGUCAGAUGUCUGAGAUUAGGUCUGUGAUUUUUCUGCAACAAGGCGGAUUGCAGUUGCAAAGCGUUGCAGGUACGCGCACACUGGGGAUUUUGUUGCAAUCGGAUCUUCGUGCAAUUGCUUCACUUGAUGUGCGCUGGGCUUAAUAGAUGGAUGAGUGCCAUAUGUAGAUAGACAUCUUGCUAAAAAACAUUUAAUAUUUUGGCAGUUAAUCCCUGGCCCUUAUAGUUUAAAGUUUUGGGUCUCUUCUACAGCACCUUAUUUGAGAAUUCAUGCGUAAUAUUUGGCAAAGUUGAACUGGAAAAGUUGUAUGAUUAUUAAAGUGUAAGUGAUUUAGUUAAUAUCUCAAUUGUUUCCCGUGGAGUGAAGGAUCACAUUCUUCACCCAAACCACGCAGAGUCCUGCUGCUCAGAUCCUUUGUCAUUUUUUACUUACUGACGUCAUUGUAAAUGAACCUACCGAAAUUGACCUUGUUAUUUAUCGUCAGAAAUAACAUAUUUUCCUGUAUGCAAUGCAUAUCAUUGUUGAUAAAGUCAAAAUUCAUGAAUUUGAUUCAUGAAAACUUCUCUUGAAGAGCUAAAAUCUUAGGCAGAUGCAAUUCAUUUGAAAAUAUUCUGAAAUAAAUCCAGUGUAGCAAUCCAAAGAUGAUUUUUUAACAAAUAAUUGCAGUGUAUGACGGACAUGAUCUAUGUAAAGCCUACAAGUCAUGUUAGAUAUUUGUUCAAAAUGGAACAAUAUCUAUGAUGAUUUCUCAAUAUUUCCCUGAGUAAGUAAUACGACGGGUGUAUGAAAGAUACCAUAUGCAAGGUGUAUUGUGGGUAGAAUUGUAAAAGGGGCUUCGAAUUGUUCACUUUUGUGAAUCAUCAUUAAAGUUGCAUUGAAGCAACACUGUCAAAAAAGUGACAACCCUCUUGUGUAUAGAUGUACUUGAAAAAAGUAUUUUGUUUGUUUCAUUCCAAGUCAUUGGCUGUCUUGAAUAUUUUUUUUAAGUAUUAUGUAAAAAAAUAUACCUUGUGAUUGACCCAUGCAGAUUUCAGAGUUGGAAGAAGUACUAAUGUGCUUGUAGAAUGUUGAAAUGUUACUGAAUUUCCGACACGUUAAUGUGACCACCCGGCUUUAAUAAAAUCUACAAUAAUCCUCGAUGCAUGGUUCUCUCCUAUGUGCCAAAAUCGUGCCAAUACUUGGGAUUCAAAAAUUGUUUUUUU